AGCCAUGAAUUUCGGUUUCACCCAGGAGCAAGUGGCCUGUGUGUGCGAAGUUCUGCAGCAAGGGGGCAACAUUGAGCGGCUGGGACGUUUCCUCUGGUCACUGCCAGCCUGUGACCACCUGCAUAAGAAUGAGAGCGUCCUCAAGGCCAAAGCAGUGGUGGCCUUCCACCGGGGCAACUUCCGAGAGCUCUACAAGAUCCUGGAGAGUUACCAGUUCUCGCCACACAACCAUCCCAAGCUGCAGCAGUUGUGGCUCAAGGCCCACUAUGUCGAAGCAGAGAAGCUGCGCGGGAGGCCACUGGGGGCCGUGGGAAAAUAUAGGGUGCGGCGCAAAUUCCCCCUGCCUCGGACCAUCUGGGAUGGAGAGGAGACCAGCUACUGCUUCAAGGAGAAAUCCCGGAGUGUGUUACGGGAAUGGUACAUCCACAACCCCUACCCGUCCCCUCGUGAGAAGAGGGAGCUGGCUGAAGCCACUGGUCUGACCACCACCCAGGUCAGCAACUGGUUCAAGAACCGACGCCAGAGAGACCGUGCCGCUGAGACCAAAGAGAGGGAGAAUGGUGAGGGUGGUGCUCUGAAGGAAGGAAGGGGCCUGCCUCGAGACAGACACGUUAUUCCCAGCUCAGAUGACGAGAGCUCUCCCCUUGAUAGCCCUGCAGCUCAAGCAACCAGCCCAUCAUUGCUGUACUCCGGCUUGCCUCUCUCCACUCAGCCAGGAAACUCCACUCAUGGGGUUCAGAGGAUGGAUUUCCUGCAACAUCAUCAACCACUCCACAACAGCCUGCUAGGGCCCCUUACUUCUACUCUGGUAGAUCUUGGGUCCUGAAAGAAAAUAGCGGAGCACAUCCCUUCCCUAGUGGAUUGCUCCAUUUUACCCUAAAUCUUCCUGUACUUCUGGCUACUCUUUUACUCAAAAGCACUCCUCUGUUACAAAUUUCUGUUCCUGAC